CGGCGGCGCGGGGCUCCGAGCGCAGCGCGGGGCGACGCGCAGGGCACAGCCGGCCGCGGGGCGCCCAGGGGCGCGCGCCGACCCCGCCGCGCGCGGGGGCCGCGUGCGGGGCGCGGGCCAUGGGGUCGCCGCCGCCCGCCCGCCGGGGCUUCUACCGCCAGGAGGUGACCAAGACGGACUGGGAGGUCCGCGCCGUGUACCAGGACCUGCAGCCCGUGGGCUCGGGCGCGUACGGCGCCGUGUGCUCGGCCGUGGACAGCCGCACCGGCCUCAAGGUGGCCAUCAAGAAGCUGUACCGGCCCUUCCAGUCGGAGCUGUACGCCAAGCGCGCCUACCGGGAGCUGCGUCUGCUCAAACACAUGCGCCACGACAACGUGAUCGGGCUGCUGGAUGUCUUCACCCCUGAUGAGACCUUGGACGACUUCACGGACUUCUACCUGGUGAUGCCGUUCAUGGGCACGGACCUGGGCAAGCUCAUGAAGCACGAGAAGCUGAGCGAGGACCGAAUCCAGUUCCUGGUUUACCAGAUGCUGAAGGGGCUGAAGUACAUCCACGCCGCCGGCAUCAUCCACAGGGACCUGAAGCCCGGCAACCUGGCGGUGAAUGAGGACUGUGAGCUGAAGAUCCUGGACUUUGGUCUGGCCAGACAGGCGGACAGCGAGAUGACCGGCUACGUGGUGACUCGGUGGUACCGGGCACCCGAGGUCAUCCUGAACUGGAUGCGGUACACGCAGACAGUCGACAUCUGGUCGGUGGGCUGCAUCAUGGCGGAGAUGAUCACGGGAAAAACGCUGUUCAAGGGCAGUGACCACCUGGACCAGCUGAAGGAGAUCAUGAAGGUGACGGGCACCCCUCCAGAGGAGUUUGUCCAGAGGCUGCAGAGUGCAGAGGCCAAGAACUAUAUGAAGGGGCUCCCGGAGCUGGAGAAGAAGGAUUUCGCUUCCAUCCUGACGGACGCCAGCCCGCUGGCCGUGAACCUCCUGGAGAAGAUGCUGGUGCUGGAUGCCGAGCAGCGGGUGACCGCGGCCGAGGCGCUCACGCACCCCUACUUUGAGUCCCUGCAUGACACGGAGGACGAGCCCAAGGCCCAGAAGUAUGAUGAGUCGUUUGAUGACGUGGACCGGACCCUGGAGGAGUGGAAGCGUGUCACCUACAAAGAGGUGCUCAGCUUUAAGCCUCCCCGGCACCUGGGAGUUAAGAGUUCCAAGGAGACGGCCUUGUGAAGAGCCUGGCGCCGCGGUGGCCCUGGGGUGCCUGUGGGGCACCAGCUACGGCCUCACAGCUCUUCCCUGGAAGGGGCAUCCUGGUUACCCCUGAGGCUGGCCCUGCCCAGCACCUCAGUGACCUCUUGCCCAGACCCCGUCUCAGACCCACUUCUCUGCUCUCCCCCAGCUGAGCUGACCCUUGGCUUUGGGGGACAGCAGUGCUCCAUUCUUUUGGGCAUCCCUGAGAAGGGGGAUGGGGUGGGACCCCCACU